AUGUCUGACUCUGAGCCUACAAUGAGUGGAAACCAGUCCCUCUGCACCAAAUUCACCUUUGUGGCUUUUUCCUCCUUAGCAGAAUUACAACCGGUGCUCUUUGUUGUGUUUUUAAUCAUUUAUUUGUUUACGGUGGGAGGAAACCUCAUCAUCAUCUGUCUAAUCUGGGUCACCCCUUCCCUGCACACCCCCAUGUAUUUCUUCCUGGUUAACCUCUCCUUUCUGGAAAUGUGCUAUAUCACUAGUGUGGUCCCUCAGAUGCUGGUCCACCUACUGGUGGAGAACAAGACCAUAAGUGUGGGGGGCUGUGCCGUGCAGAUGUACAUAUUCACCAUCCUGGGGCUGACAGAAUGCUGCCUGCUAGCAGCCAUGGCUUAUGACCGCUUUGUAGCUAUUUGUUACCCUCUGCGUUACACCCUCUUGAUGAGCCCCAGUGUGUGUUUGAAAUUAGCUGCAGCAUCUUGGACAACUGGGAUGGUGGUGGAGUCAGCCCAGACCACCUGGAUCUUCACUCUGCCCUUCUGUGGCACAGGAAGGAUCGAGCACUUCUUUUGUGACAUCAUGCCUGUGGUGAAGCUGGCUUGUGUGGAUACCUCCCACAAUGAAAUUGUAAUGUUUGCUGUAUCCGUGCUCUUCAUUAUGAGUCCCUGUUUCCUCAUCCUGUGCUCCUACACACGCAUUCUGGCGACCAUCUUGAGAAUGCCCUCAGCAGCUGGCCGGCACAAAGCUUUCUCUACUUGUUCUUCUCAUAUUCUGGUUGUUUCUCUGUUCUAUGGCACUGCGUUGUUCACUUAUCUCCAACCUAAGGCUGCACACACUGCACAGACAGACAAAGCCACUGCACUCAUGUACACAGUGGUCACCCCGGCUCUGAAUCCUGUCAUCUACACCUUGAGAAACAAGGAAGUGAAGGAAGCCUUUCAAAAGGUAGCACAAAGACACCCGCGUAGACAAUGA